GACUGUGGUUCCCUGAGCACCCAGACAGUCAGAGAGCCAGUCAGAGAGCCAGUCAGAGACGGCUAUGAGAGGCUGUCGUUCUCGGGGCAGAAGCUUCCUCCAGGGUUCCCCGGCCCCUUUAUCUUCCCUGAGGGGCUGUCGUCAAUAGAGACACUUCUCACUAACAUCCAGGUGGGGCUCUACUCACUGUUUUCCACUGAAUAAUCCCAUAGGGUAUAUUGGUGACAAUGUUUUGCUGAACAUGUUUUGAUAUCCAGCACCUACUUAAAGACAUUGGAUGUGCGUAGGCUAUGCAUUUUCUUUCUCCACUCACAGUUUGUCAUCACACAUCUGGAUGUGUAACUCCACUUCAACUCAUCUCUCUAACUGUGUCUCUGGGCUCCACUUCAACUCAUCUCUCUAACUGUGUCUCUGGGCUCCACUUCAACGCAUCUCUCUAACUGUGUCUCUGGGCUCCACUUCAACUCAUCUCUCUAACUGUGUCUCUGGGCUCCACUUCAACUCAUCUCUCUAACUGUGUCUCUGGGUUCCACUUCAACUCAGCUCUCUAACUGUGUCUCUGGGGGAUCACCAAUCAUUGUUUAAACCUCAAAACACCCAACUCUACCUCCAGCAUAUUUAUUUGGAAUAUUAUUUUUUAAAUGUCCCGUAAGACUUCUAACAUUGAGAUGGGAGAUAAGAGAUGUAGAGACUACACACAACAGUGAUGUAUGGAUUUAGAUAUGAGAUGUAGAGACUACACACUACAGUGAUGUAUGGAUUUAGAUAUGAGAUGUAGAGACUACACACUACAGUGAUGUAUGGAUUUAGAUAUGAGAUGUAGAGACUACACACUACAGUGAUGUAUGGAUUUAGAUAUGAGAUGUAGAGACUACACACUACAGUGAUGUAUGGAUUUAGAUAUGAGAUGUAGAGACUACACACAACAGUGAUGUAUGGAUUUAGAUAAGAUAUGUAGAGACUACACACUACAGUGAUGUAUGGAUUUAGAUAUGAGAUGUAGAGACUACACACUACAGUGAUGUAUGGAUUUAGAUAUGAGAUGUAGAGACUACACACUACAAUGAUGUAUGGAUUUAGUGUAACAACCUCUUGAUGUGUGUCUUACUCUGUGCCCUCCAAGCAGGGCUUGCUGAAGGUUGCCAUAGACAACACGCGUGCUCAGGACAAGCAGGUGCAGACGGAGAAGUCAGCGCUGAAGAUGGAACUGUUCAGAGAGAGGGAGCUAAGAGAGAAACUGGAGAGACAGCUCACCAUGGAGCAGAAAAACAGAGGUAGGUUAACACUACAUUACACACAACACACUGCACAUCAUACUACACAUCUCUGUUUCCUGAAAACAAGCACCGCAAUUCCUCACAAUCCUCAAAUGUUCUGUCUAUUUCAGUGCCUCAAAUGUUCUGUCAAUUUCAGUGCCUCAAAUGUUCUGUCUAUUUCAGUGCCUCAAAUGUUCUGUCUAUUUCAGUGCCUCAAAUGUUCUGUCAAUUUCAGUGCCUCAAAUGUUCUGUCAAUUUCAGUGCCUCAAAUGUUCUGUCUAUUUCAGUGCCUCAAAUGUUCUGUUUAUUUCAGUGCCUCAAAUGUUCUGUCUAUUUCAGUGCCUCAAAUGUUCUGUCUAUUUCAGUGCCUCAAAUGUUCUGUCUAUUUCAGUGCUGAUGCAGAAGCGUCUGAAGAAGGAGAAGAAGACAAAGAGGAAACUUCAGGAGGCUCUGGAGUUUGAGUCUAAACUGAGAGACCAUGCAGAGCAGACACUGCAGAAGACUGUAGCAUCAGACAGAGCCCUCUGUGGUAAGCAUUUAGGCUACAUGACCUUUUACAUUCUGAUUUCAUUCACAUUCACUUCAGUUUUACAUUUAAUUGACAUUUUACUCUUUAUUCACUCUUAAUUAAUGGUGCAGUUUUAUGUUGUCAUUUAUGAAAAUGGAUGUAGUGCAUCUAUUACCCUUUUACUUCUCAUUUAGUAGUAAUCAAGUGUGAUAAUUAAUGACUAAACUCCCGCCUCUCCGUCAUCAUUACCCUCCAAUCAGACUCACUGACCCAGGAAGUAGACAACGGUAACCAAGGUAACGGCAGGACUGAUGCAGAGGCAACGAUACAA